AUGACACAGAUUGUUGUUCUUGGUGCAGGAGUGGUGGGCCUCACCACCGCGAUUGAGUUAAAAAAAGCCGACCCCAAACUACAAAUCACGGUAGUGGGCCAUCAUCUUCCAGGCCACAUCGACCCUUUUUCAUAUACUUCGCCUUAUGCUGGUGCCAAUUGGCAAUCAUUCGCCACGACUCAAGACAAAAGAUUGCAGAAUAUUGAUAAACCAGCCUACAAAAAGUUUAUGCAGCUUGCCGCAAAUGACCCCAGGGCUGGAAUAUGGACUGUUGACACAAUCUCAUAUUACACUGACCACGCAGUAAGUCAAGCCAAGGGUGAUUUCCAACAGUUUCUUCCAUGGUACAGAACAUUUGUUGAAGACUUUCAAAUAAUCGACCUGAACUAUAAUAAGCCCGAUAUAUCAUUCACUACGAGCUUCAAAGGUGUAGUCAUUUCCGUGCCUACAUAUCUCAAGUACUUGGUACAACAAAACAAGGAAUUGGGCAAUGUUAUUGCCAAAUGCCCAUUAAUUUCCAAUAUUGAAGAGGCACGAAACUUUACCGCCACUGGCAAGAAAGCUGAUUAUGUCAUCAAUGCUGCCGGAUUACGUGCAUCGACGCUAAAAGGAGUAAAUGAUAAAAAGUUUAAUUUUCCCGUCAAAGGGCAAGUAUUGCUUGUGAAGAAUAAUGUCAAAGCAAUGAUCUCCGUAGAAGGAUUCCCAGGCUUGGACGAUGAAAUGUUGUACAUGAUGCCUCGUAAAGAAGGAGGCACGAUUAUUGGUGGAUGUUUUCGACCAAACGAUAAGGACCCCAAAGAAGACAAGGAAUUGACCUCGCGAUUAUUGAAAAGAGCCAUAAAAUAUGCGCCAGAAAUCAUCGAUCCAAACUACAAAAACAACCCAACAACUAUAGAAAUCAAGCAAGUCAGUGUCGGGUUCCGCCCAUUUAGAGAAGAUGGGCCACGAGUAGAAUUGGAUACGUCAAAAAAAUGGUUGAUACACGAAUACGGUGCUGGUGGCGGCGGAUACCAGGGCAGUUUCGGACUUGCUCAAGAAGUCGUGAAAAUCGUGAAGCAGGAGUUGCAAAAGGGACAACCAAGAUUAUAA